AUGCGGUCUACUCUGAGCUUAUCAUUAAGCUUGGCAGUGGUUGUCAGGUCUGUGCUUGGUUUGAUUACCAUCAGCGCAAACACCGACAACCUUGGAGCUGCCAACUACAAUGAUGACCUUCUUAUCAAGAGUGGUGUUUAUCUCUCCUACAACAACCAAAAUGGCCAGAUACUCAACACUUUUCAUGGAAGCGUCACCAAUGACGGUCAAUUGUGUAUUGGUGAUAACGGUCACAAUACAGGAAUGUCUGUGUACUUUUACAAAGGUAUUACCAACAAUGGACAGGUGGUACUCAAUGCUAACAACGAAACUUCCGCUCCUAGUUUUUACUUCAACGGCCCUACAUUUGUGAAUGACGGAGAGAUUCUUAUGAGCGGAAUUGGAAACACUGGAGGUUCUACAAUGGACAUUUGGCCUAGUUUGGGAACUGUCCCGGAAAACCGCGGUACCAUUCUCUAUGCACAAAGUGUUUCCAGGUCCGGAGGAACGUCGUACUUUGGCCAGAAUGGUCAAACUGUUACCAACGAUGGAACAAUUUGCUUGUAUCAAAUGAACAUGUACCAGCACUCUAUUGUUCAGGGAACCGGUUGUUACAGUGUUGGAGAGGAUUCCCUUUUGCUUCAGGAUCUGCCCAAAGAUUGGCCAUUGCCUUCUACUCAAACUGUGUAUCUUUCCACGUCGUCUUCUCAGAUCCGGUUUGGUUUGGAAACGCCUCCGGACACUAUUAAAAUUUCUGGUUGGGGAAGCAACAACAAGAUUGGAUUCACAGGUGUGGUCAAGUCCGCUACCAUUUCGGGAAACACCUUGACAGUAGUUGUUGGAUUGAACACCUACACUUUUGAUGUGGGCAGCGGAUAUCAGCAGCAAUACAUUCUGAUUGGCAAUGGAUAUUCUUCGGGUGGUUUUUUUGUUACAUCUUAUGUUUCAUAUAGCCAGCCACCGCCAAGUUCUUCCCGUCCCUCUAUUUGUGCCGUUUGCCCAUCAAUGGCACAAUUUCCUGAACCAAACGGGUCGAGUUCUGCUCAUUCAUCCAGUUCGGAGAAGCCAUCGAGCUCUGCUAAACCUUCCAGUUCAGAAAAGCCAUCUAGCUCUGUAAAGCCAUCCAGUUCAGAAAAGCCUUCCAGUGCAGAAAAGCCUUCCAGUUCUGCAAAGCCUUCCAGUUCUGCAAAGCCUUCCAGCUCUUCCGAACCAUCCAGUUCAGCGAAACCUUCUAGCUCUGAAAGAUCCUCUAGUUCCGAAAAGCCAUCAAGUUCUGCAAAGCCUUCCAGCUCUUCGGAACCUUCCAGUUCUGCUAAGCCAUCUAGUUCUGAGAAGCCUUCUAGCUCUGUAAAGCCGUCAAGCUUUGCAGAGGCUUCCAGUUCUGAGAAACCAUCCAGUUCUGAGAGACCAUCUAGCUCGGCCCCACUUUCGAGUAAUAUAUCACCCAGUGAUAAGCCUUCCAGCUCCGAGAAGUCAUCCAGUUCUGCCAAUUUAUCCAGAUCUGGACUGUCCAGUUUAGAACAGCCAUCCAGCUCGCUCAUUUCGUCUAGAUCGGAGAAGCCAUCUAGUUCUGUUCAUUCUUCUCCUUCAGCGGAACCUUCAAGCUCUGAAAGAUCCUCUGUUUCUCUUAAACCAUCCAGUUCUGUUCCAUUGUCCAGUUCUGUUCCAUUGUCCAGUUCUGUUGACCGAUCUCAAUCUUCAAGUUCUGAGGGUCCGUCAAGGGCCGCUGAUUCUUCAAGCCAUUAUAGCUCUCACGAGUCUAGUUCUGCGCAAGAAAGUGCUUCAAAGGAUUCAUCAUCCGCUGUUGACCACUCGCCUACUGCCUCCAGCCUGGCUUCCCAAGAAUCAAGUAUCAGACCAAGCUCCUCUCAGGUACAUUCAAGUUCUGCCGUGGACCACAGUUCUAUCAAAUCAAGCACUGAGUCUGGAUGCCCUGAAUGUACCAAGUACACCACAACGUUUACGUCGAGAUCCGAUGGAUCCAUCGAAACUGAUUCUGGUAUUGUCGUUGUGACCACUAAACCAAACGGUGUGUUAACGACAACUACGUCUCUUUUCCCAGAGAGAUCUGCUUCCGAGUCACUUUCGAGGUCUUCUGAAUCGCAUUCAGCUAGUAAGCCAGAUGUCGAAUCUUCUUCUGCUUCGAAAUCUGUUGGGUCUGCUUCUUCUUCUGAAUUGUCCAAGUCUGCUUCUGAAUCAAAGACCGACUGCCCAGAAUGCACAAAGUAUACCACCACAUUCGCUACCUCCGAGUCCGGCUCUGUUGAAACCGACUCUGGAGUUGUUGUCAUCACCACCAAACCAAAUGGCUCUUUGACUACAACGACUUCUCUUUUUCCCGAGAGCAGCAAGUCUGCCGAA